UCGGGUUUCCCGCCCCGUUAGCUUGGAUCCUUACCAAGUUUAAUAUAUCCACCCUCUCAGGAUACGUGGCAGACCCCAUGAAGUCUUUAUAAGCCAUGCCAGAGGAAACUAACCAAGAAGACUACGAGCUUUUGCUUCCGCCGGGACAGGAAGACGACCACACGAUGGGUCAGGAAGAGCAACUUGUCAAGCCAGAGGUCCGGAAUGGCGAUGUUGUAGCUUUGUAUACUGCUUUGGGCGCGACGGCGUUCUUCCUAGUUGUCUCUUGGAUCACUGUCCUCAUCAACGACCCCACAAGCGUCGCAUGGUUCUCUUUACACCCCACCCUCCAGUCCCUGGCUUUAAGUUUCAUCAUCUACGGUAUCCUAACCCUCCAACCCACCUCUCAUCCCAAAACCAAAGCCGCAGGGUUGAACCGCCAUCAACUCGCCAUCUUUGUCUGCGCGUUCCCCAUAAUCACCCUCGGGACGUUUGCCGUGUGGUGGAACAAACAUAUUCGCGAUCACAGUCACUUUACUACUUGGCAUGGCAAGUUGGGAUUGAUGUGUAUGUGUUGGAUACUCGUGCAGAUUGGUGUUGGGGGAGGUAGUGUGUGGUUUGGUGGGGCGGCGUUUGGGGGAGGGAUGAAGGCGAAGCUUGUUUGGCGGUAUCAUAGGAUAUCUGGGUACAUUUUGUUCCCUCUGUUGUUAUUGACGGCGAAUUUUGGGGGAUUGUAUUCGCACUGGGGAACAAAGUAUUUAUCGUUGCCCAUGCGCGUACUUGCCUAUGCUAUUGCGCCGCUUGUAAUCCUUGUUGCUGUAUACAUUCGAGUCAGGCCAUCCAAGAUGAAUAUCUUCUAGAGGUUUACUCCGCUCAUCGCGCGCCUUACCAACUAAAGCUAGGCCAAGCACGACAGAAUUGCUAUAGUGUAGGACGGGCCGCUCAUUAUCCUCAGUACAAUUUAUACAACGUUAGAUAUCCCUGCACCGUUGAUAGUCAAUUCGUUGGUGGAUGGUAAUUACACCUACAUCACUUGUAUCCCUGGAAUUGUAGAAAUGUUAUUUCAACGCAGUCACAUAUAAAUUUUGAGAUUUGAG